UCAAUCGUCAACAUUAAUUGCCAAAUAAAACCACGCCAUUGGUGGCAUUAAGUCACAUCAUAGGGUACCUUAGUUCUAUCUGAUUUUUUACAUCGUACGGUGCACUGGAACUGAUGAUCUGCUUUGUUUGAAAGACGUUCCGAGUCAUUAAUAUGUAUAGAUCUUUGGAGUUAUUUCUACUGUUUUGUAUCUUACACGUUGUCCGUGGAACACAUGAGUCUCAGUGGUUAGACCCUCUGGACUCCGACCAGUGCAAAAGGGAGGAAAAAGAAAGAUCCGACUUGGACCUUACUGUAUAUGACCACACGUUCACAUUCAUUGCUGACGGAGUGUUUCUUGGAUUUGAGCAGGAUCUGGAGAGGUUUUUAAAGCACCACGCGUGCGCGGGAAGAAAUGACAACCAAAGCGUCAUAUUAGAAGGAAGGAAGGCGACUCGUUUCUUUACAGACUAUUAUGGGAUAGAUAUGUCAGUUGUCUCUGAUGAUGACCUCCUCAACGGUAAAGUGGAACUUGCAGACGGGAAGCUGCUUUUUUAUCCGUUUAUCCUGAACCCAGAGGUUAAAUAUAGGAUUCUCUCAGAAACCAGUCCUUGUGGCAGCAGACAUUAUGAGGACGCCCUUAUCUCUGACAUUGGGUGGGCGGUCGAGGUUCUUGAACCCAUCAAACUCAAUGGCGCCGGGUACAGCGGGGAUGCGGCUGCAGGGAACGUCAUUAAUAUCGGGGAAACUAUGGCAUUGGCUGGUCCGAAAUGUCAGUCAAAAAACAAAAUUAGGAUUCACUACGAGGCGGAGAGACCUCUCCGUGUUGUAGAUGGCCGUUUCUUAAUUGGCAAGUUUCGCGUUCACAGCGACAAACAUGGAGAUGGCCUGAGCUACGGAUUUUAUGACACUGAUCCAGAAACCGGGAAGAUCGCCGGACGAGAAGUUCUUACCUUUACGCGAAGAAAAUAACCAUUAAGAAGAGGAAAUUUGUUGAGAGCAAAAUGGAAAACAUAAUCAGGUUAUACAUAUUAUUAUGCUCUCUAUAAAAGAUAUUUUUCCUAAGAUAACAAAUGUCAGCAAUAACUGAUCACAAUGGAUGCAGGUGUUGUCAAGUUGAAAAAAGGAAUAAAUAUGACAUAAUA